AAUUGGGUUUCGACGAGUUGGGUAGCUGGGUUCGUCGAGCACUGCUUUCUGUGCUGCAUCUCACUUCAAAACUUCUGCGCAGAAAUUCCUCCAAACCCUCCGAAAUCUCCCAGCUGUCGCUGAUUACCUCCUUCGCAAAACACGAACAUGAAAUCCACUCCGAUCCGAUUGGAUCCCGUCCGUCUCGAUCAUUUCAUCCAAUCUAAUGUUUCUCACUUGCUGAAAUCAGAUCUCCUUGCUGUUCUCGCUUGCUAGUCCUGGUCGCACGAACCCAGCCUUGUUGGUCUUGGUUGCGCGAAUCCGGCCCUACUGUCUGAAAAAAUUAACAGAUUCAAAAAAUCAUGUCGUAUUCCGUCGCGGUAUCAAGCUCCCCGGUCUUCUCUCCUUCCUCGUCUUUCUUCUGUAACAAAACCUCAAUACUUUCUCCGUUAGCGGAGGCUCUUAAUUUGACUUUAACCCACCUCAAACCCACAUAUUCUCCUUCUUCUCUGUCUCUGUCAUCUUCGCCUUCAUCGCCGUUUUGUAUAAGGAUUCAAAAAACGUCAUUUGGGUCACUUCUCUCAUCCUCAUCUCCGUCUUCUUUGGGUUCCAGUGCGGGUUUUGGUCCCGGGUCGGUUUUGAAGAGGAAGAGGCCGGCUAGACUGGAUAAACCGGUGGCGACUGUGCUGGCCUUUGCGACUUCGUUGAUGGAGAGCCAGGAGAGAUGGAGAGUGAAGGUGAUGGGUAUUCUGUUUAUUGUAAAAGAGGGAGGAGAGAAGCUAUGAGGGUAAUAAUGUAAUUUUAUGUUU